AUGACAGCAACAGGUCCAGAGGAAAUAGAACUCAAGUGCCCCUUGAAUCAUAUUAUUUGCCUUGGUACCAACAAAUGUGUUCAUUUGUCUCAACUGUGCAACGGUAUCUUGGACUGCUCUGAUGGGUAUGAUGAAGGAGUACAUUGCAGCGAGCUGUUACCCAAUUGCCAACAAUUGAAUUGUCAAUAUAAAUGUGCAAUCAUCAGAAAUAGUACUAGAUGUUACUGUGAAGAUGGAUAUGAAGUAAAAGAAGAUGCAAGAAGCUGUAAAGAUCAAGAUGAAUGUGCUAUUUAUGGUACUUGUAGCCAGACCUGCAUAAAUACACAUGGAUCCUAUGCGUGCAGUUGUGUGGAGGGCUACAUAUUACAACCAGACAACAUAUCUUGCAAGGCUAAAAAUGAACCCACAGACAGACCGCCUAUGCUGUUAAUUGCAAAUUCUGAAACAAUUGAGGUUUUCUAUCUUAAUGGAAGUAAAAUGGCAACCUUGAGCUCAGUCAACGGAAAUGAAAUUCAUACUCUGGAUUUUAUUUACAAUGAAGACAUGAUUUGUUGGAUUGAAUCAAGAGAAUCUUCAAAUCAUCUCAAAUGUAUCCAAAUAACAAAAACAGGAAGAUUAACAGAUGAAUGGGCAAUCAAUAUUCUUCAAUCCUUUCACAGCUGUAACAUGUUGUUCUUUAUCAAAGCCCUGCAAAUAGUAGAUAAGAAUGGUACCGGCAGUGAUGAUGAUGAUGACAAAGAUGGCAGUUACAACUUCAUCAGUAACACCAGUGAAGUUUAUAAGAGGUUACUUAAGCAGUCUCUUGUGGAUGAAAGACCUCUGGCAGUGCAGUGGUUAAGAAAACUUUUCUUUACUGACUACGGGAAUGUGGCCAAAGUAGAGCGAUGUGACAUGGAUGGGAUGAACAGAACAAAGAUAAUUGAUUCAAAGACAGAACAGCCAGCUGCACUGGCACUAGACCUAGUCAACAAAUUGGUUUACUGGGUAGAUCUUUACUUGGACUAUGUGGAAGUAGUGGAUUAUCAAGGAAAAAACAGGCAUAUUAUUAUUCAAGGCCAACAAGUCAGACACCUUCAUGGUAUCACUGUGUUUGAAAACUAUUUGUAUGCAACCAGUUCUGAUAAUUACAAUAUCAUAAGGAUAAACCGAUUUAAUGGCAGUGAUAUUCAUUCAUUACUUAAAAUGGAAAAUGCUCGAGGAAUCCGAAUCUAUCAAAAAAGAACUCAACCAACAGGACCGAAGAAUGAGUUGUUCCUCUUUUAUGGGAAAGGACGUCCAGGAAUUGUUAGAGGAAUGGAUUUGAAUACCAAGAUAGCUGAUGAAUACAUGAUCCCCAUAGAAAAUCUGGUAAACCCUCGUGCUUUAGAUUUUCAUGCAGAAACCAAUUACAUUUACUUUGCUGACACCACCAGUUUUUUAAUUGGUCGACAGAAGAUAGAUGGCACAGAGAGAGAAACCAUCCUGAAAGAUGAUCUGGAUAAUGUGGAAGGAAUUGCUGUGGAUUGGAUUGGAAAUAACCUUUACUGGACAAAUGAUGGCCAUCAGAAAACCAUUAAUGUGGCCAGGCUGGAAAAAGCCUCUCAGAGUCGCAAGACUCUUUUAGAAGGAGAAAUGUCGCAUCCCAGAGGAAUUGUAGUAGAUCCAGUCAAUGGUUGGAUGUAUUGGACAGACUGGGAAGAAGAUGAAAUAGAUGACAGCGUGGGAAGGAUCGAGAAGGCCUGGAUGGAUGGCUUCAAUCGGCAAAUUUUUGUGACUUCAAAGAUGCUGUGGCCAAAUGGUUUAACUCUGGAUUUUCACACCAACACAUUAUACUGGUGUGAUGCCUAUUACGAUCAUAUUGAAAAAGUGUUUUUGAACGGCACUCACAGAAAGGUUGUUUACAGUGGGAAAGAGUUGAACCACCCUUUUGGACUGUCACAUCAUGAGAAUUAUGUGUUCUGGACAGAUUAUAUGAAUGGUUCCAUCUUUCAACUAGAUUUGGUCACAACUGAGGUUACACUACUGAGACGUGAAAGACCACCCUUGUUUGGGCUUCAGAUCUAUGAUCCACGAAAGCAACAAGGUGACAAUAUGUGCAGAGUAAAUAAUGGUGGCUGUAGUAAUCUUUGCUUGGCCAUUCCAGGAGGCCGAGUAUGUGCCUGUGCUGAUAAUCAAGUUUUGGAUGAAAAUGGGACAACUUGCACUUUUAAUCCUGGAGAAGCAUUACCUCAUACGUGUAAAACUGGAGAAUUUCGCUGCAAAAACAGACAUUGUAUCCAAGCUCGGUGGAAAUGUGAUGGUGAUGAUGACUGCUUGGAUGGAAGUGAUGAGGAUCCAAUAAAUUGCUUCAAUCAUAGCUGCCCUGAUGAUCAGUUUAAAUGCCGAAAUAAUCGCUGUAUCCCCAAGAGAUGGCUUUGUGAUGGAGCUAAUGAUUGUGGCAACAAUGAAGAUGAAUCCAAUCAAACUUGCUCAGGGUUAAUCAGGUAUGACUUUGGUAGUCAUAAAGCUUUGUUCAGUUUUCAGAUGAUUUCAGUUCACAUGCCAAUGUAUCGGCUGAAUCUGCAUGAAGGCAAAAUGAUACAACAGAAUUUAUUUUCAAGAAUUAAAGAAGCAAAAUUCCCUACUUGUGACCCGCUAACUCACUUUAUAUGCCAAAGUGGAAGAUGCAUUAGCAGCAAAUGGCACUGCGACUCUGAUGAUGACUGUGGGGAUGGAAGUGAUGAGGUUGGCUGUACUCUCUCUUGCUUUGAGAAUCAGUUCAGAUGCUCCAGUGGCAGGUGUAUCCCAGGCCACUGGGCCUGUGAUGGUGACAAUGACUGUGAAGACUUUAGCGAUGAAACCCAACUCAAUUGUACCAAGGACGAGAUUCGUUCUCCUGCUGGAUGCAAUGGGAAUGAAUUUCAAUGCCACCCUGAUGGAAACUGCAUUCCUGAUCUGUGGCGUUGUGAUGGGGAAAAAGACUGUGAAGAUGGCAGUGAUGAGAAAGGCUGCAAUGGUACCUUACGAUUAUGUGAUCACAAAACUAAGUUUUCCUGUCAUAGUACAGGGAGAUGCAUCAACAAAGCAUGGGUAUGUGACGGAGAUAUUGAUUGUGAAGAUCAAUCAGAUGAAGAUGACUGUGAGAGUUUCUUGUGUGGACCCCCCAAGUACCCUUGUGCUAAUGACACUUCAGUGUGCCUGCAGCCAGAGAAACUCUGCAAUGGGAGAAGAGAUUGCCCUGAUGGGUCUGAUGAAGGCGAUCUUUGUGAUGAAUGUUCCCUGAACAAUGGAGGCUGUAGCAACCACUGUUCUGUUGUUCCUGGAAGAGGCAUUGUGUGUUCCUGCCCUGAAGGACUUCACCUCAAGAAAGACAAUAAAACAUGUGAAAUUGUGGAUUACUGUAGUAGGCAUCUCAAAUGCAGUCAAGUUUGUGAGCAGCACAAGCACACAGUCAAAUGUUCGUGUUACGAAGGGUGGAAGCUGGAUGUGGAUGGUGAAAGUUGCACAAGUGUUGAUCCUUUUGAAGCAUUCAUCAUCUUUUCCAUUCGCCAUGAGAUCAGAAGAAUUGAUCUUCAUAAAAGAGACUAUAGUCUACUUGUUCCUGGAUUGAGAAACACAAUAGCACUUGAUUUUCACUUCAAUCAAAGUUUACUUUAUUGGACAGAUGUUGUGGAAGACAGAAUCUACCGGGGCAAGCUUUCUGAAAGUGGAGGUGUCACUGCAGUCGAAGUGGUAGUGGAGCAUGGCCUGGCUACCCCGGAGGGUCUGACAGUCGACUGGAUAGCAGGCAACAUAUACUGGAUAGACAGCAACCUGGACCAAAUCGAAGUGGCCAAACUAGAUGGUUCCCUAAGAACUACACUAAUAGCCGGAGCCAUGGAACACCCCAGGGCCAUUGCUUUGGACCCAAGAUAUGGAAUUCUUUUCUGGACAGACUGGGAUGCAAAUUUUCCUCGCAUUGAAUCUGCUUCUAUGAGUGGUGCUGGGAGAAAAACCAUCUACAAAGACAUGAAAACGGGGGCUUGGCCUAAUGGACUAACUGUGGACCACUUUGAAAAAAGGAUAGUUUGGACAGAUGCCAGGUCAGAUGCUAUUUAUUCAGCUCUCUAUGAUGGAACAGGAAUGAUAGAAAUAAUCCGAGGUCAUGAAUACCUUUCUCAUCCUUUUGCUGUUUCUCUGUAUGGGAGUGAGGUCUUUUGGACAGACUGGAGGACCAACACCUUGUCCAAAGCCAAUAAAUGGACAGGACAGAAUGUCACUGUGAUUCAGAAAACCAGCGCACAACCAUUUGACCUUCAGAUAUACCAUCCCAGCCGUCAGCCUCAGGCUCCCAAUCCUUGUGCAGCUAAUGAAGGCAAAGGCCCCUGCUCUCACAUGUGUCUGAUCAAUCACAAUAGGAGUGCUGCUUGUGCGUGCCCCCACCUGAUGAAGCUUUCCUCAGACAAGAAGACCUGCUAUGAAAUGAAAAAAUUUCUUCUUUAUGCAAGGCAUUCUGAAAUCAGAGGAGUGGAUAUUGACAAUCCAUAUUUUAACUUUAUCACGGCAUUUACAGUCCCUGAUAUUGAUGAUGUUACAGUGAUAGACUUCGAUGCAUCUGAGGAACGUUUAUACUGGACAGAUAUUAAAACACAAACCAUUAAGCGGGCCUUUAUUAAUGGAACUGGGUUAGAAACUGUUAUUUCAAGAGAUAUUCAGAGUAUCAGAGGGCUGGCAGUAGACUGGGUAUCACGUAAUUUAUACUGGAUUAGCUCAGAAUUUGAUGAAACUCAAAUUAAUGUGGCACGAUUAGAUGGCUCUUUGAAAACCUCAAUUAUCCAUGGAAUUGAUAAACCACAGUGUCUUGCAGCUCACCCAGUCAGGGGGAAACUCUACUGGACAGAUGGAAAUACAAUUAACAUGGCUAACAUGGAUGGCAGUAACAGCAAGAUUCUCUUUCAAAAUCAGAAGGAACCAGUUGGUCUAUCAAUAGACUAUAUGGAAAACAAGCUUUAUUGGAUCAGUUCAGGAAAUGGAACUAUAAACAGAUGCAACCUGGAUGGUGGUCAUUUAGAAGUAAUAGAGUCAAUGAAAGAAGAAUUAACAAAAGCUACAGCCCUAACCAUCAUGGAUAAGAAACUGUGGUGGGCAGACCAAAAUUUAUCCCAGCUGGGAACCUGCAGCAAAAAAGAUGGAAGAAACCCCACUGUCCUACGAAAUAAGACUUCUGGGGUUAUUCAUAUGAAAGUGUAUGAUAAAGAAGCACAGCAAGGCAUAGAAUCCUUUCUUAUGUACUCUGUGCAUGAAGGAAUCAGGGGAAUACCUCUUGAACCAAGUGACAAAAUGGAUGCUUUGAUGCCUAUAUCAGGAACUUCAUUUGCUGUUGGAAUAGAUUUCCAUGCAGAAAAUGAUACCAUCUACUGGACAGACAUGGGCUUCAAUAAAAUUAGCCGAGCUAAAAGAGAUCAGACUUGGAAAGAAGAUAUCAUUACCAAUGGCUUGGGAAGAGUGGAAGGGAUAGCUAUUGACUGGAUUUCUGGUAACAUAUAUUGGACAGAUCAUGGUUUCAACUUAAUUGAAGUUGCAAGACUUAAUGGUUCUUACCGUUAUGUAAUUAUUUCUCAAGGCCUGGAUCAACCAAGAUCUAUAGCUGUGCACCCAGAGAAAGGCUACUUGUUCUGGACUGAAUGGGGACAGAUGCCCUGCAUUGGAAAGGCUCGCCUAGAUGGCUCAGAGAAAGUUGUCCUUGUGAGCAUUGGAAUAGCAUGGCCGAAUGGCAUCUCCAUUGACUAUGAGGAAAAUAAACUAUACUGGUGUGAUGCUCGCACAGACAAGAUAGAAAGAAUUGACCUUGAGACUGGAGGGAGUCGUGAGAUGGUGCUGUCAGGGAGCAAUGUGGAUAUGUUUUCAGUUGCAGUCUUUGGGGCUUACAUUUACUGGUCUGACAGAGCUCAUGCCAAUGGGUCCAUCAGAAGGGGCCACAAGAAUGAUGCCACAGAAACAGUGACAAUGAGAACUGGCCUUGGAAUCAACCUCAAAGAAGUUAAAAUCUUUAACCGAGUAAGAGAGAAAGGGACAAAUGUUUGUGCCAAGGACAAUGGUGGCUGUCAGCAACUCUGUCUUUAUAGAGGAAAUUUCCAAAGAACUUGUGCUUGUGCCCAUGGAUAUUUGGCAGAGGAUGGAGUUACUUGCCUAAGGCAUGAAGGCUAUUUGCUGUAUUCAGGAAGAACAAUAUUAAAAAGUAUACAUCUUUCUGAUGAAACCAAUUUAAAUUCACCAAUAAGGCCAUAUGAGAAUCCACAUUAUUUCAAGAAUGUGAUAGCCUUGGCUUUUGACUAUAAUCAAAGAAGAAAAGGUACCAACCGAAUCUUUUACAGUGAUGCACACUUUGGAAAUAUACAGCUUAUUAAUGACAACUGGGAAGACAGACAAGUGAUUGUUGAAAAUGUGGGUUCUGUGGAAGGACUUGCCUAUCACAGAGCUUGGGAUACACUGUACUGGACCAGCUCCACUACCUCCUCCAUCACCAGACACACAGUGGACCAGACUCGGCCGGGUGCUUUUGACAAGGAAGCAGUCAUCACCAUGUCAGACGAUGAUCACCCGCACGUGCUAGCCUUGGAUGAAUGUCAAAAUUUAAUGUUUUGGACCAACUGGAAUGAACAGCAUCCAAGUAUCAUGAGAUCUACCUUGACUGGAAAAAAUGCUCAAGUAGUAGUCAGUACAGACAUUCUUACUCCAAGUGGACUCACCAUCGACCACCGUGCUGAGAAGCUGUAUUUCUCAGAUGGCAGCCUAGGAAAAAUUGAGAGAUGUGAAUAUGAUGGAUCCCAGAGACAUGUGAUUGUUAAAUCUGGGCCAGGGACUUUUCUCAGUCUGGCUGUUUAUGACAAUUACAUCUUCUGGUCAGACUGGGGAAGACGAGCUAUUCUGCGUUCAAACAAAUACACAGGAGGAGAUACAAAAAUUCUUCGUUCUGACAUUCCACAUCAACCUAUGGGAAUCAUAGCUGUUGCCAAUGACACCAAUAGCUGUAAGUUCUGUAAUGGUCUGGAUCUGAUGCCAUCUGUAAGCCCAGAGUCUAAAAAUUCUCCCUGCAACAUUUAUUCAGAGUUUGAGUGUGGAAAUGGUGAGUGCAUUGACUACCAGCUCACCUGUGAUGGCAUUCCUCAUUGCAAGGAUAAAUCUGAUGAAAAGCUGCUCUACUGUGAAAACAGAAGCUGUCGAAAAGGUUUCAAGCCCUGCUACAAUCGUCGUUGUAUACCUCAUGGCAAGUUAUGUGAUGGUGAAAAUGACUGUGGAGACAAUUCUGAUGAAUUAGAUUGCAAAGUUACAACCUGUGCUGCUGUUGAGUUCCGCUGUGCAGAUGGAACUUGCAUUCCAAGAUCAGCACGGUGCAACCAGAACAUAGAUUGUACAGAUGCUUCAGAUGAAAAGAACUGCAAUAAUACAGACUGUACACAUUUCUAUAAACUUGGAGUGAAAACCACAGGGUUCCUAAGAUGUAAUUCUACUUCACUGUGUGUUCUGCCAACCUGGAUAUGUGAUGGGUCUAAUGACUGUGGAGACUAUUCAGAUGAAUUAGGAUGCCCAGUUCAAAACAAACACAAGUGUGAAGAAAAUUAUUUUGGUUGUCCUAGUGGAAGAUGCAUUUUGAACACCUGGAUAUGUGAUGGUCAGAAAGAUUGUGAAGAUGGACUUGAUGAAUUGCACUGCGAUUCUUCUUGCUCUUGGAAUCAGUUUGCUUGUUCGGCACAAAAAUGUAUUUCUAAACACUGGAUUUGUGAUGGAGAAGAUGAUUGUGGAGAUGGACUAGAUGAAAGUGAUAGCAUCUGUGCCCCCAAUAAUACAUGUGAUGAAAAUACUUUCAUGUGCCAUAAUAAAGUGUGCAUUCCCAAGCAAUUUGUUUGUGACCAUGACGAUGAUUGUGGAGAUGGCUCUGAUGAGGGUCUGCAGUGUGGGUACCGGCAGUGUGGUGCAGAAGAAUUUAGUUGUGCUGAUGGGCGAUGUCUUUUAAAUACUCAGUGGCAAUGUGAUGGAGACUUUGACUGCCUUGACCAUUCUGAUGAAGCACCUUUAAACCCAAAGUGCAAAAGUGCAGAGCAGUCAUGCAACAGUUCCUUUUUUAUGUGCAAAAAUGGCAAGUGCAUUCCCAGUGGAGGCCUUUGUGACAAUAAUGAUGACUGUGGUGAUGGCUCAGAUGAGAGAAACUGCCAUAUAAAUGAAUGUUUGAGUAAGAAAGUCAGUGGAUGUUCUCAAGACUGUCAGGACCUUCCAGUUGGUUACAAGUGCAAGUGCUGGCCUGGAUUCCAACUGAAGGAUAAUGGUAAAACAUGUGUAGACAUUGAUGAAUGUUCUUCGGGCUUUCCCUGUAGCCAGCAAUGCAUCAAUACAUACGGAACCUACAAGUGCCUCUGUACAGAGGGGUAUGAAAUACAACCUGAUAACCCAAAUGGCUGCAAAUCACUCUCAGAUGAAGAGCCUUUUCUUAUUCUAGCCGAUCAUCACGAAAUAAGGAAGAUCAGCACUGAUGGCUCCAACUACACACUUUUAAAACAGGGAUUAAACAAUGUUAUUGCUAUAGACUUUGAUUACAGAGAAGAAUUCAUAUAUUGGAUUGACUCUAGCCGGCCCAAUGGCAGCCGCAUAAAUAGAAUGUAUUUAAAUGGAAGUGACAUUAAGGUAGUGCAUAACACAGCCGUCCCCAAUGCACUUGCUGUUGACUGGAUUGGAAAAAACCUCUAUUGGUCUGACACAGAAAAAAGAAUCAUCGAAGUAUCCAAGCUCAAUGGCUUAUACCCUACUAUACUCGUUAGCAAAAGGCUGAAGUUUCCGAGAGACCUGACUUUAGAUCCUCUAGCUGGAUAUUUGUAUUGGAUUGACUGUUGUGAAUUUCCUCACAUUGGCCGUGUUGGAAUGGAUGGAACCAAUCAAAGUGUUGUCAUAGAAACCAAGAUUUCUAGACCGAUGGCACUUACAAUAGACUACGUCAACCAUAGACUCUACUGGGCUGAUGAAAAUCAUAUUGAAUUUAGCAACAUGGAUGGUUUUCAUAGACAUAGAGUCCCUAAUCAAGAUAUUCCAGGGGUGAUUGCACUAACAUUGUUUGAAGACUACAUCUACUGGACUGAUGGGAAAACCAAGUCGCUCAGCCGUGCCCAUAAAACCUCUGGAACAGACAGACUCUCACUGAUUAACUCAUGGCAUGCCAUCACAGAUAUCCAGGUGUAUCAUUCUUAUAGACAACCUGAUGUCUCCAAACAUCUCUGCAUGAUAAAUAAUGGAGGUUGCAGUCAUCUGUGCCUUUUAGCCCCUGGAAAGACCCAUACAUGUGCAUGCCCUACCAACUUCUAUCUUGCAGCUGAUAAUAGGACUUGCUUAUCCAACUGCACUGCUAGUCAGUUUCGUUGCAAAACAGAUAAAUGUAUUCCAUUCUGGUGGAAAUGUGACACUGUGGAUGAUUGUGGUGACGGGUCUGAUGAACCAGAUGACUGCCCUGAAUUUAAAUGUCAGCCAGGCCGAUUUCAGUGUGGAACUGGACUCUGUGCUCUGCCUGCUUUCAUCUGUGAUGGAGAGAAUGAUUGUGGGGACAAUUCUGACGAACUCAACUGUGACACUCAUGUCUGCUUGUCAGGUCAGUUCAAGUGUACUAAGAACCAGAAAUGCAUUCCAGUAAACCUCAGAUGUAAUGGGCAAGAUGACUGUGGUGAUGAGGAAGAUGAAAGAGACUGUCCUGAAAACAGCUGUUCUCCAGACUAUUUCCAAUGUAAAACAACCAAACAUUGCAUUUCCAAGCUGUGGGUUUGUGACGAAGAUCCAGACUGUGCAGAUGCAUCAGAUGAGACCAACUGUGAUAAAAAGACUUGUGGACCUCAUGAGUUCCAGUGCAAAAACAACAACUGUAUUCCAGAUCACUGGCGGUGUGAUAGUCAAAAUGACUGCAGUGAUAAUUCAGAUGAAGAAAAUUGUAAGCCACAGACUUGUACAUUGAAAGACUUUCUCUGUGCCAAUGGGGACUGUGUUUCUUCAAGGUUUUGGUGUGAUGGAGAUUUUGACUGUGCAGAUGGCUCUGAUGAGAGAAAUUGUGAUACAAGUUGUUCCAGAGAUCAAUUUCAGUGUUCCAAUGGUCAGUGUAUAUCAGCAAAAUGGAAAUGUGAUGGUCAUGAAGACUGCAAAUAUGGUGAUGAUGAGAAAAACUGUGAUCCGGCUUCACCUACUUGCUCAUCAAGUGAAUAUAUAUGUGCCAGCGGAGGAUGUAUUUCAGCAUCUCUGAAAUGUAAUGGAGAAUACGAUUGUGCUGAUGGUUCAGAUGAGAUGGACUGUGUGACUGAAUGCAAGGAAGAUCAGUUUCGAUGCAAAAAUAAAGCCCACUGUAUUCCAAUUAGAUGGCUGUGUGAUGGAAUUCAUGACUGUGUGGAUGGUAGUGAUGAAGAGAACUGUGACAAAGGAGGAAAUAUAUGUAGAGCUGAUGAGUUUCUUUGCAAUAAUUCCCUUUGCAAACUACAUUUCUGGGUAUGUGAUGGAGAAGAUGACUGUGGAGACAACUCUGAUGAAGCCCCUGAUAUGUGUGUCAAAUUUCUCUGUCCACCCUCAAGACCUCACAGAUGCAGAAAUAACAGAAUAUGCCUUCAUCGUGAGAAAAUGUGUGAUGGGAUUGACGAUUGUGGGGACAACUCGGAUGAAGAUCACUGUGGUGAUAAGCUUACAUAUAAAGCAAGACCUUGUAAAAAAGAUGAGUUUGCUUGUAGUAAUAAGGAAUGUAUCCCAAUGAGCCUGCAAUGUGAUCGACUUGAUGAUUGUGGAGAUGGUUCAGAUGAACAAGGCUGCAAAAUAAACCCCACUGAAUAUACCUGUGAAGAUAAUGUGAAUCCAUGUGGAGAUGAUGCAUAUUGUAAUCAAAUAAAAACAUCUGCUUUCUGUCGCUGUAAGCCUGGAUUUCAAAGAAACAUGAGAAACAGACAGUGUGAAGACCUUAAUGAAUGUCUGGUGUUUGGCACAUGUCCUCACCAAUGUAUUAAUAUGCAAGGUUCAUAUAAAUGUGUAUGUGACCAGAAUUUUGAAGAAAGAAAUAACACCUGCAUAGCAAAAGGCUCUGAAGAUCAAGUUCUCUACAUUGCUAAUGACACUGAUAUCCUGGGUUUUAUAUAUCCAUUCAACUACAGUGGCGAUCAUCAACAAAUUUCUCAUAUUGAACAUAAUUCAAGGAUAACAGGGAUGGAUGUAUAUUAUCAAAGAGAUAUGAUUAUUUGGAGUACUCAGUUUAAUCCAGGAGGAAUUUUCUACAAAAGGAUCCAUGGCAGAGGAAAAAGGCAAGCGAAUAGUGGCCUGAUAUGUCCUGAAUUUAAAAGACCCCGGGACAUUGCAGUUGACUGGGUUGCUGGAAAUAUUUAUUGGACCGAUCAUUCUAGAAUGCACUGGUUUAGUUACUACACAACUCACUGGACCAGUCUGAGGUACUCUGUCAAUGUAGGACAACUGAAUGGCCCCAACUGUACAAGACUUUUAACAAACAUGGCUGGAGAACCCUAUGCUAUUGCUGUAAAUCCAAAAAGAGGGAUGAUGUACUGGACUGUUGUUGGUGACCACUCCCACAUAGAAGAAGCAGCCAUGGAUGGUACUCUGAGAAGAAUUUUAGUGCAAAAGAAUUUACAGAGGCCCACAGGUUUGGCUGUGGAUCAUUUUAGUGAACGCAUUUACUGGGCUGAUUUUGAGCUCUCUGUUAUUGGCAGUGUUCUGUAUGAUGGCUCCGAUACAGUAGUCUUGGUCAGCAGCAAACAAGGCUUGUUACAUCCACAUAGGAUUGAUAUCUUUGAAGAUUAUAUAUAUGGAGCAGGACCUAAAAAUGGUGUAUUUCGAGUACAGAAGUUUGGCCAUGGUUCUGUAGAGUACCUAGCUUUGGAUAUUGAUAAAACAAAAAGUGCUUUGAUAUCUCACCGUUAUAAACAAGUAGACUUACCCAACCCAUGCUUGGAGUUAGUUUGUGAAUUCCUCUGUUUGCUGAAUCCUUCUGGGGCCUCCUGUGUGUGCCCUGAAGGAAAAUAUUUGAUUAAUGGCACCUGCAAUGAUGACAGCCUGUUAGAUGAUUCAUGCAAAUUAACUUGUGAAAAUGGAGGAAGAUGCAUUUUAAAUGAGAAAGGUGAUUUGAGGUGUCACUGUUGGCCUAGUUACUCUGGAGAAAGAUGUGAACUCAAUCACUGUAGCAACUACUGUCAAAAUGGAGGGACUUGUAUACCAUCCACUUUGGGAAGACCCACCUGCAGCUGUGCAUUAGGAUUCACUGGGCAAAACUGUGGUAAAACAGUCUGUGAGGAUUUUUGUCAAAAUGGAGGAACCUGCAGUGUGACUGCUGGGAACCAGCCUUACUGCCUCUGCCAGCCUGAAUAUACUGGAGACAGAUGUCAGUACUAUGUGUGUCACCACUAUUGUGUGAAUUCUGAAUCCUGUACCAUUGGGGAUGAUGGAAGUGUUGAAUGUGUCUGUCCAACACGCUAUGAAGGACCAAAAUGUGAAGCGGACAAAUGUAUAAGGUGCCAUGGUGGACACUGCAUUAUCACUAAAGACAGUGAAGAUAUAUUUUGCAACUGCACCAAUGGAAAAAUCGCUUCUAGCUGUCAGUUAUGUGAUGGCUACUGUUACAAUGGCGGCACAUGCCAACUGGACCCUGAGACAAAUAUUCCUGUGUGUCUAUGCUCUACCAACUGGUCAGGCACUCAGUGUGAAAGGCCUGCCCCAAAGAGCAGUAAGUCUGAUCAUAUCAACACAAGAAGCAUCGCCAUCAUUGUGCCUCUUGUUCUCUUGGUGACUUUGACAACCACCUUAGUAAUUGGCUUAGUGCUUUGUAAAAGAAAAAGAAGGACAAAAACAAUUAGAAGACAACCUAUUAUCAAUGGAGGAAUAAAUUUGGAAAUUGGCAAUCCAUCAUAUAACAUGUAUGAGGUGGAUCAUGAUCACAAUGAUGGAAGUCUUUUGGAUUCUGGUUUUAUGAUAGAUCCAACAAAGGCCAGGUACAUAGGGGGAGGGCCCAGUGCUUUCAAGCUUCCCCACACAGCGCCGCCCAUCUACCUAAACUCUGAUCUGAAAGGACCACUAACUGCUGGGCCAACAAAUUACUCCAAUCCAGUGUAUGCAAAAUUAUAUAUGGAUGGCCAAAACUGUAGAAACUCUUUAGGAAGUGUUGAUGAAAGGAAAGAACUGCUUCCAAAGAAAAUAGAAAUUGGAAUAAGAGAGACAGUGGCAUAA